AGAGGGAAAGGAUUAGCCGCGAUGGCCACAGGAUGCCAAAGAUGGCCCAGUGUGACAACAAUGGUGCGUCACGUCCCGUCACGCCACCUCACAGACCUGGCGGGAAACGGCCUCCGUAAUGCGAGCUACUUCGCACGACUGCGGCCUGAUCAGUUGCAUCGCCAUGCAUGCAUAGAGAUUCGGCUUCCUCUGCGGGCGCGCCCUUCUCAACAUGGACACCUCGGCAUUGUCAACUAGCUUGGGCGCAAGGGCGCGGAGUCGGUCCAUCACGAGAGCUGGGUCGAGGGCCAAGGCAGCGAACAAGAACGUGUACUUCACUGGCAUCGUCAUCCUCUUCACCGUCGUCUUUUUGUGGACCGCAAGCAACUUCGUGACGCAGGAUCUUCUUGUGGGAGGCUGGGAGAAGCCCUUCCUAAUCACAUAUCUCAAUACGAGCUCUUUCGCCCUUUACCUACUUCCCUUCUCCCUCAGAUGGCUAUGGAGGCGACGUCAAGGGGAGAGUGAACCGUUCAGGAGAAGCGGAUACGAACCCCUGGCUACAGACGCGGCUCAAGCUCUGAGCGACAGCAUCCCAUCUCUGCGGUCAUUAGACAAACUAUCAGUACAAGACGUUUUACUUCCCUUAACGACACGACAAACGGCCGACUUGGCCUUUAUCUUCUGCUUCUUCUGGUUCAUCGCGAAUUGGUCCGUCAAUGCUGCUCUCGAUUACACGACGGUCGCAAGUACAACAAUCCUGUCCACCACCAGCGGCAUAUUCACGCUCGCGAUUGGACGUUUGUUCCGUGUCGAGUCACUCUCACUGGCUAAGGUCAUAGCGGUGGUCAUGAGCUUCUCGGGUGUCGUUCUCGUGUCGUUAUCCGACGGUGCAGACGACGUAGGUUUGGGGGAAAACGCAUCACGUCCUCUCUUGGGCGAUUUUCUUGCCCUUUUAUCCGCUUUCUUCUACGCGCUAUACGUGACCCUUCUGAAGGUACGUAUACGGGACGAGUCGCGGAUAGACAUGCAGCUCUUCUUUGGAUUUGUGGGAUUAUUCAACGUUGUCACUUUGUGGCCUAUCAUCAUCAUACUCCAUUUCACCGGCGCGGAGAGAUUCGAAUUUCCCAGCGGUGGAAGAAUGAUUGGGGGCAUCUUGAUCAAUAUGUUCAUCACGCUCUCUAGCGAUUACCUAUACCUUCUGGCGAUGCUGAAGACAACGCCUCUGGUGGUUACCGUUGGCCUGAGUCUGACGAUCCCCCUGGCGGUCAUUGGCGACUUCUUUCUGAACAAGCCGUCCCCGCUGCAGGUUUUAAUCGGUGCCGCAAUGGUCGUACUCAGCUUCUUCAUUGUCGGUAUCACGGAGAAAGACCAACAGGAACAAGAGAAGAUUAAUAGAGCUGUGGUUGGGGAUGUUUUGAACUCGGAGGAAGGACCCGAUGUGCCAUUGCAGGAGGAGCACGAGGAACUUGAAGAUCGGCCAACGCGGUGACAUAUGGCAUUUCAUUGGAUGCUGUGACCUGGAAGUGCUAUCGCUGUAUUUACAUCUCGUUUCUUUCUUCUCGUCGUGGAUGUAUAUACAUCAAAUUACGAGCGUUACUUUCAAUGAG